AUGGUCAAACUAGAACCCGGAGAAUCACAUUCCAAGCAUACUGAAAAGACCCAACGAUGCACUAAGAAAAUUAAAAUUGCCAGUUGCAUACUCGCUAUUUUAGUUUUAAUUGGUAUUAUCGUAGGUGUACUAGCAGCAACCGGUACACUAUCUGGUUCGAAUAGCGACGGCACAGCGCAAGGCUCCAAAACAAUACCAAGUGUGCAACCUUCCACAAUACCGGUACCAAGUACAACUCCUCCCGCUCUGACUUUACAACAGAUCGCAGAGAUGAAGCCACGGAAUGAAGUGCUGCAGAAUUUGACGGUGUCCUGGUCGGAGUGGAAAGCACAAUGUGGUGAUGGUGUUUGCGGCGAAGGUGGACUCCCCGAGCAAGUCGUGUUUGCAGAUACCGACUGCGAAAGCAAUGAAACGUACAUACCAAAUGGGUGGAAAGUGGCCGACAACAAUCAAGACACGAAGCAAGUAGCGGCGACCUACUCGUUUGCAGCACCGUGUUUGGUUUUACGCGAUGGUACAGUACUGGCAACUAAAGGGGUUAACGCAUCGGAUUGUCACCCGAUCCCACUCUCUGUCACGACUCACAGCGACCGUAGGACCUCGGUAAAAUUUGCCGCAGAAUUGUGCCCUGCAAGAAUACUGAUCGAGCAGAUUGAUAGCGUCAUACAAGCGCCCGGCUUCGUACCGAAAUCGUGCCCAGCAAGUUGCAGCGGACAUGGUACAUGCGAUCCGAUCACCGGAAAGUGCAUAUGCGACAAUCGGUUUACGGGAACUUCUUGUAGUCGCGUCAUCGGCGAUAUAUCUAUCCCAACAAAUAGUGAAACCGUGGACAGAUAUAAACCUAAAAAGGGUAUCAGAUGGCAGUGGCAAUUGCAGGAUACUAUCGACGAAUCCCACGACGUCCCAUUGUAUGACAUCGAUUUCGAUACGCCAGACAGCACAAUUGCUUCUCUGCAUGCAGCAGGACGCAGGGUAAUGUGCUAUUUUUCGGCUGGUAGCACUGAGAAAUGGCGGAUAGAUCAGGAACUGUUCCCUGCUUUUAUUCAAGGCGGACCCUUGCUGUUCGGUACCGGCGACGUUUUCGAUGAUGAGGCUUGGCUAGAUCUUCGACGCUUUGACAUUAUCGGGCCAAUCAUGAUGAAUCGCUUGGACGCUGCAAAGGCAAAAGGAUGCGAUGCUGUGGAAUUCGAUAAUCCAGACAUUGUUAUUCACGAGCACGGACUAGCGGGUAACAUUGACCUGACUCUGCAAUUGCAAUUUGAUAAGUGGUGUGUCAGACAAGCACAUGCACGAGGCAUGUCCGUGGCACUAAAGAAUUCGAAUGAGUUUGCAUUCCUCCUAAGUGACACUUACGAUAUGGUGGUGAAUGAGGAAGCCUUUAUCAAUGGAAAUAUUGAUAAUUACUGGCCCUUUCUCCACAGGGACAAACCGGUGCUCAAUACGGAGUACUUCACUAGCCGAUGCUUCUACUGCGCCACGUCUCGGGCGAUGGGCGUGUCGACCAUCAAGAAAAGACCUGAUCUAGAUAGUUGCUUAGUAGAUUGUACCAUGGAGAUGCCCUUGAAUGUGACAUCUGUUUGCGAUAGUAUUGGCUUUGAAGCAAGUGGUAGGGCACGGUACCCAGCCAGUGCCGAGGGAUGGUGCCCAUUGACACUAAAUUUGGACGCUAACGAAUGUGCAGCGCCUCGAUUCGCAGAAUGUGAUCCUUCGUACGGGUAUUAA